AUGAGAACAUUAUUUCUUUUUGCCUACUCUCCCUAUCUAUCUAUCUAUCUAUCUAUCUAUCUAUCUAUCUAUCUAUCUAUCUAUCUAUCUAUCUAUCUAUCUAUCUACUUAAUUUUGCUUGAUAGCAAAGCGCAGCUACCAACUGAAUCUGCAAAAUCAAGGGCUUCUCAACGUCGUUCCAGGUCAUGUGGACCACAUGAUAAGAGGACUAGUCUUUCUUUACAGUCUGAAUCUAUUGAUGUACCAGAUGAAGACCAAGCAGAUUUAACACCUCGACAGAGUCCUGUAACAAGGCCUGCCCGAUUAACCAUCCAAGAGUGUUACAAGCCCUCUGUCAAGCAACUGCAAAUUGAACCUCACAGUCCAAAUGGGCCUCUUACUACAGUUGAAGUGCAUUUUGCAGACAGUUCAAAUCCUUGCUCAACUACAAACUUUCAUGAGAGCACCGAAGGAUCAUCUUCAAAUAUUCCUCUUCUGCAGGAGGAAAAUGAACAGCCUUCAGACUCCUUGGUAGAACAAAGUGCCCAGAAAAUUUUCCUUGCAGACAAACCCCCAGUGAAGGUUUUGAACAAUGUCAUCGUCAAACCUAAGCAAAAAUUGUUAACAAAUAACUUCUUGUUGCCUGUUGAUUCACGCUUAUCUGGGGCUAUCCCCAAGCAAAAGGUAACCUCAUCAUUGUCAUCAUCUUCUCAACCUAAGCUGUUAGGACCAAUCAAUAACUCUGGUUCCUCAGAGUCCUUUUUGGAAUCUAUGCAAACAAAUAACUACGCCAAUCUCUCUGAUGAUGAGAAACUGGAAAAAUGCAAACAAAACAAUAGCAAUCUUCCACGAACAGAUAGUGAAAAGCGAAUAGAACAAGGAAUAACUGACUUAAAGCUAACAGAUCCAGAGGAUAUUGAAGAGAAAGUAGAUAGCACAUCACAUUUGUUGGCUGAGUCAGUGACCAUACCAUCAUCUAGUGGUCUUGGUCUUGGUAUAAGCAGUGGUCCAAAACGGACCUCUCGAACUCGUUUAACUGUACCUGGAAGUUUCUUGGACAGUAAAAACUCUCCUCCUGAUCAUACCCCUGAUGAUACAGUCUUCUCAGAACUGCAAGAACAUGAUGAAGAUGAUGAUAAUGAAUCAAUAAUUUUGAAGGUCUUGAAGGAAAACUCACCUCGCCGCCUGCCGCACUCAGGUCUGUUAAGACACUCCUCAGGAUCUGUAAAGUCACAAAAACGAACAAAUUCAUUGUCUUCAUUAAAGACGCCCAUCACCCCUAAUAAACAAUUCUUACGAAGUCCACUGGCUCGCAUUGAGAGCUUUCACAGUGAUGACUUUGAUAUGUUACGGUCUGAUGUGGACGCCCGGUCGGAAAGGGAGCGGUCGGAUGCUGAAAAUAACAGUACAGAAAAAGCUGAGAACAGCCCAUCUCCAUCGCAGAGUUCAGAAGCAUCUGUGAACUGUAUGAAAGCACCAAUUGUGCCCUGUCUAACCGGAGUGUAUCAGAAACAGAAAAUAAAGACUCGGUCAAAGUGCAAAUGUCAAACAGUUCUUAAGGAAACGAGUCUAACAACUGAGCGGCUGCAGGAAAGAGCUGGGAAAAAUGAACGUUUAUUAGAUAUUAAGGAAGGGAAUGAUGUUAUUGGAGAUAGAAUAUUAGAAGAAACAGUUGACCGGAUAGCUAUUGGAGGGUCAUCAAAAAUCCAUCCCAUUGUGAAAGAUGAUCAAGAAGGGGAUACCUUACAUACCUUACAUAUGGGAAAGUCCAAAAUCCCCAGACCCACAAACAAAACAGGCUAUCAGAUGUUGACAUCAUUGUGUUCUGAUGUCACAAAUAAACCUCCAAAAUCAAAACACAUGCAGAAAGCUAUGAAGAACUCUAUAAAUUUUGAACCAACCCAUGAACAGAAGAAAGCUGCUGUUAAAUCUUCUACCUGGAAGAGAGGUUUUGCUCACUUUCUGAAGAAAAAACGAACUAAGCGAUACCCCAGUAAUAAUAACAAUGAUUCCGCCAACUCUUGCCAUUUGACGGCCACCACCAACAAUAGCCAUACAACUAGUCCGGUUACAAAGUCUGCUCCAAUAUGUUUAGAGGCCGAAAACCUAAGAGAGCCAGAGAGUCUCUCUACUGUUUCUCCAGCAUCAGCAAUUCUUGCAAAUACAGAUGUGGUGGAGUUUCAGCGCUCUCCUGCCAUUUGUCAUUCUCCAGGUCCAUUGACAAAAGUGUUUGACUUUCCUGGUGUUCACGAUUCUCCCAAGAGAAUGUCUUGCCUAAUCAGUUGGAAACGAUGCCGGGAAUGUACCUUUACCGAUCAGUCAUCAGAUGAAGACAGUGAACACAAUUUCCAACUUGAGGACAAGGUGACAGUAACUGCCAAUAAACCACCAUUAGCUAUUAACAAUAUCCAGGAGUAUGCAGAACUGGAUUUCUCUCAUGGUAAAAUACCUCUGCCCACUGCCUACACCAGCCAGAUUCCUCCACUGUCUCUGUUGGAGAUCAGAUAUGUCAUUGUGCUAAAGAAGACAAUGCCAAGAUAUCUCAUUCCCUCCCUCUCACUCUUUAUCUCUCUCUCUCUCUCAGUUGAUUUGUAUGUUGGUCACUUUCUCUACCCCACUCUCGCCCAAUGCCAGUCAGCCUUGACAUUGUCACGUAAUCUGGAUUUGGAAAUCAUUCAACACCAGAAUGGCAGUCACAGUGCUUUCUUUUUGUCUUUGCCCAAUUUUUUCUUCUUUUCUUCUUCCUUCUGUACCAUUUCCUUUAUUUUUUUCUUCUCUAUUUGA